CCGAGGGGGAGGGGCGUCGAUGCGCCGUGGCCGAGCUCCCCGAUGGCCGGCCCGACUGCCAUCCCAACUGCAGGGGUCGGCGUCCCGGCCUCCGGUGUGGGCACCGGCAGGCUGGGCAUGGCGGCCAUGGCGGGUGCCUUCCCAGAUUGGUGGAACAGCGCAGCCGCAACGCUUGGGCCAGAGUAGCUCGCUAGUGUGCUUACUGCAACGACGGCGCCGGCUUCGACAUCCACCGGGAACCAUGCAAUGGCAAGAGAAGCACUGAGGGAAGAACCAUCGGCAGUUGAAGGAGCCCCUGCUCGCCGAUGAGGGGGUGCGGUGGCAGCGCACCUAGGCCGCGGGCGCCGGUUCGUGCUGCCCCUGCACGCAUCGACGUCGACCUUACUGAUCCGAUGUAAGCACACUUCCCUUGCUACCAAUUUCCUAGAUAAUAUUGGAAUGCCGUAUGAUGCAUUUGAAUGUGAACAUGGAAUGAUGCAUUAGUAUGCUUAGAUUUUAAUAAAUUGAAUGGGCAGUACAGUAGUUCAAAUGGAUUGUGUGUCUGCUUGAUGUUUUGAACUUAUGGUAUUGAUGUUGUUGGCAACAGAGAAGCAGAUUGGUGUGAUGAGAACACUAGAAUAGUGUGUGAUCUUUUUGCGGACGAAGUGCAAAAAGGAAAUCGUGACACCAUUCACUUGAAUAUGACUGGGUACUUGAAUAUGAUAAGAAGGUUCAAAGAUAGGACUGGGCUUCUAUAUACUAGAAAACAGUUGAAGAAUAAAUGGGAUAGGCUGAAAACUGAUUAUAGUAUUUGGAAGCAACUCACUAAGGAGAUUGGUUUAGGAUGGAGUGAAAACAGGAAAGAUAUUGUCAUGACAGAGGCUUGGUGGAAGGAAACAACAAAGAAAAUAAAGGGUUGUACCAGAUUCAAAAGCAGAGGCAUCCAAAAUGAGGAACAAUUGGAAAUUUUGUUUGAAGACAUUCGUAACACCGGUGAUGACCAUUGGUGUGCCUCUAGUGGUGUACCACCUUCCCAAGACAGCCCGCCACAAUCUCCCAUUCCCGUUGAUGACAAAGAUGAAGCCGUCAAUGAAGAGAAUGAUAGUGAGCCAGAGGAGGUGACACCUACAAGUGGGAGAGGGAAGAGAGGUAGGCGGACUGAUAACAACAAAGGAAAUAAACCGAAGACAGGUACUAGUCAUUGGUUUCAUGAACAGAUGGGCAAGAUUGUGGAGAUGAAUGAGAGAACAACUGCUUCUUGUGAGUCAACUGCAAGAAAGGAGGACAAUUCUGGUUGCUCCAUAAAGGAUGUCAUGGCUUUGGUGAAGGAAUGUGGUGUUGUCCCAUCGACAAAUGAACAUUUCAUAGCAUAUAUUGCUUUUACCAAAAGGGCCGAAAGGGAGAUGUUUAUGACUUUGGACACUCAUGAGGAGAGAUUUGAAUGGUUGCCAAGGAAGCAUGAGUGGAUGACAAGAAAUGAUGUGCCUAAGUAGAAACCAUCCCAUUAGAUUUGGUGGGAUGCUUGUAACAUACCAGUGUAUCCUUCCAAUUACCAUUUUUUAUUUAUCUAUUGUUUCUGUGUUGAUUCAUAAGGUACAAUUUUAAUGGGUGGUUUCAUGAACAUUUACUGUCAGGUUGUUGUAAUGAUACCUUUUUAAUGAGUGUUGUUUAUGUCAUGCACAGAUCUGACUCCUCUUCUCAAAAGAGUGAUAGUGGUUCUGAUGGUGACUGGACUAUGAAAACUAUGGCAUUGAUGAGGGCUGCCCAGAAUAAUCUAUUUGCUACUGCUCUUGUUGUUUCUAAAUAUUUCCUGGCAUAUCAUGACAAGAAAGCUGCUAUAACUCCACAACAAAGUGGUUUCAGUUGGACUUUGGAAAGACUUAACGAUGGGCAGAGUUAUAAAUUGUUCAGGAUGGAAGCACAAUUAUUUUACCAGCUGCAUGAUUUGCUUGUGAGUAACUACGGGCUGCAGUCAUCUUUGCAUAUCAAUUCCAUAGAAUCACUUGCCAUGUUUCUUAUUGUAUGUGGGCAUGGUAUGUCCUUUGGUGCAAUACAUGGUGUUUUCAACCAUUCUGGGGAAACCAUUAGUAGAAAAUUUGAGGAGAUCUUGUUUUGUGUGGUGGGUAUGUGUGAGGAGUAUAUAAGGCCAAUUGAUCCUAAUUUCCGUACUACACACCGAAGGAUUACUAAUGAUCAUAGAAUGAUGCCACAUUUUAAAGAUUGCAUUGGAGCACUUGAUGGUACUGACAUUUUGGCAACACCACCUCGACAAGAUCUUGUUAGAUACAUUCGCCGAAGUGGCAAAGCGACACAAAAUGUUCAUGCUA